AUGAUGUGGAUGUUGGUUUACUGUCUCUUCCUCUCUUUGAUCACUUCAAGCUCUCUCCUCCUCUACCCCAUCGAGGAAUAUCGGGACCAACUGGCUCUCACUCGCCUCACCGUCGACCAGGAGCCGACGCCUCUCCUUCCCUUCCAUCACGACCUGCUCAACAUCUCCUCGGUGGACGAUAUGUGGCGUUGGUUCAUCAGCGUUCUCCCUCAUCUCAUCAACAUUCCCUCCUUGAACUCCACCGUCGCUCUUGCCAAGCCCUCCAGGCUCAUGCUCCAGAGCCCGCGGCUGCGACAAGUGAGGGUAGCCAAGCAAGCAUGCGACGUUCCUAGUAGGAUGUCUGAGCAUGCGACUGCUCCCGACGUUGCCGUGAAUGUCCAAGCGAAAGAGGACGAAUGCAUAGGUGACGUCGCAGGCGGAGCUGUCGACAGGUCCCCGUGGAGGGGAGUUAGCUGGAAUGGCUCCCACGUGCAAGAACAAGUCCUGCUGUACAGAUCAGCAUCCGAGCUCCUCACGCACUCCUUCACUUCCAUGCAGUCAUCGUCCUCCACCUCGUAUGAGGGCGGAGGGUUCGUGAUCGACUUGCCUAGGGAGCAAACGGAGAAGGUCGUCACGUCUGUGUUGACUGGGCUGCGAGAGAUCGGAUGGGUGGACGAUAAGUCCAAGGCGAUCUUUCUGAGCUGGACUGUCUACGAUAUGCUGGAAAAUGUCGCCUCCUCCAACCUCAUCCUCUUCGAGCUGAGGGAGAGCGGGAGCGUCCGGGUCGUCACGUCCUACCGAAGCACCAAGGUCAUAGGGCUGUCAUCCUUCAUCACAAGAGAAGUGGCUGUGCUGACGAUGAGAGACCGUGCGGCUGUCGUUGUUGACCUCCUUCUCCUCCUGGUCACGCUUGUGUCCCUCCUUUCCCUAUCUGUGUGGAUGUUGAGAUCUGCGGGAAGAGAGACUGUUUCCAAGCACGGCAUCGACGUCGUCAUCGUUUUUCUUCUCAUCACGAUGUUGGGAUUCAAGAUUGCAAAGUGGAUCUCAUGUGAGAGAUUGCUGAGUGGCAAACAGGACUGGAUGGACUUUGAAUAUCUUGGUUGGGUUGACAAACAGAUCAGAAACUUCUUAAGCUUGGUUGUAAUCUUUUCGUGGUUGAGAGGGCUGGAGUACCUCAAAGAAUUCAGCAGUCACAUCGAUUACAUCUCCAAUGCCUUUAUCUUGUGCAAGUCAAACAUGAUCUCCAUGAGUAUCUUGCUCCUGAUCCUGCUCUUUGGGUUUGCCACGGCAUUUCACGUGUCUUUCGGGACCAUCGCCCCCGAGUACAAGCACAUCUUCGAUUCCUUUACCACCGCCUUCAAGAGCUUGCUUACCGGCGUCAGCUUCGACGAUGUGGUCAGAAACAACCCAGUCUUAGGCAGCAUCCUGGCUCUCUUGUACACAAUCACGUGCGUUGUCAUAAUCUUGACGGUGUUCACCACCAUCAUUGCGGAUGCGUACGAUCAGACAUCGAGGAGGGACACCCGCAACUUGACUCCGAUGCAACGGCAGCUCCUGUCCUUGUUCAUAACCUUACAUGCGCGAGUCAGACAACGUCCCGGCAGAUCGGAUGGCGAACCUCAAAGGCUCGUAGUGCUGAGUAUCGACGACGAAAAUUUGCAUUUCGAUGCUCCUCCGAUGGGCACGAAGGAGCUUGAGGAGAGCUCGGGCAAGCAGCUGCAGGAGCAUUUUCACCUGCUCGAUGAGCAAGAAGCUCAAAACUUACGCUCUCGGCUAAUUGCAAGAAGGGAGUUCAAAGAGAAAUUGCAGCUUCUUGCAAUCCAGGAGCUGGAAGACUGGACGUCGGCAGAGCUAGCGCAAGGUCCCCUUCCUGUUCACUUGCAGUCCGCGUCGGAGAAGAUGGCGAGUAUGACGAGGGAUGCGAGCAAGGUGGAGAAGGCGACAAAGGAGCUGAUGAUGUACCUGAAGCGCAUCGAGAGAGUUCUCGUUCCUACUCCGUGA